GCUCUGGAGGGUGAAGAUAUGGGCCCUGGUUCGAAGCGAACACGCCCUGGGGUUUCUGAGAGUAUUAUUACCGAGUUAACAGAAUGUAAUGCAGCUCUAUCACAACAGCGUAAAAAGCGCCAGAUUCCCCCAACUUUGGCUCCUAUCGAUGCUUUGGAGAGGUAUACCCAACUUUCUAGCCAUCCCCUUCACAAGACAAAUAAACCAGGGAUCACAUCAAUUGAUAUCAAUCUUUCAAAGGUGUGUGUUCUCCUUUAAGAUAAUCCUUUUCAUGUAACUAUAUUCUUUCCUACACUUCUCUAUGCUGGAGGUAGUUAUAUUUGGUUGUUGCAUGUAGUGGACUUGAGAUAUUGCUGCCAAAGUUAAGGGAAUGGGAAAUAGAUCUGUUAGAAAUAAGGUUGGAAUGUUAACUCUGAAAAUCAUGUUAAAGAAAUUAUGAAGAUGA